GCGCGGAAUCGAAGUCCACAAAAAAGCGUUAUUAAAUAUCUAUAAAACUAUUUAUUUGUUGGGUUAUGGCGUAACACUGGCGUAGUACAGUCAUUAUUUUAUAAUCCGACCGACAAAAUGUUCUUCCAUGUCAGGCGGUUUAACGUUACGGAAAGCAAAGUUUUAGCAGAAAGAGCAGGAGUUAAAAAACGAGUCUCCUGACGUCUGUCAUCAUUUGAUAUCUGGACUACACGUGGAUUUAAAGGCCCGCGAUGUUCUGCGUGACAGAAAAGGUCCUUUGUAUCCUCGACCCUGAAGAAUGCAAUUCGUAUAUAGGGCCCUGAUGUAGAAAAACAAGUUCAGUUACACAUCUUCCAAGACGUUCAGCCUCCAGAGUUGAAUCCACUGAUCAUCACAUUUGUUCUGACGAAUUCAUGCAGCAUAUGAGGAAAUGAACAGAGACAAGGUUGGUCUGCUCAUCUUCUCAGCCCUGAUGCACUGAUGUCCGUGGGCUCUUGACCUUCAUCCAUGGAUUAGUUCGUUUACGCUUGAGGCAGAUCUGAGUGACCAGAUGGUAUCCCUAUGUGUCACAUCCUGUGUGUAAGGUAGACGACAGUAAGCUCACAGUUGGGUGGAGCUUGUGGAGUGCAAGCGCUCCAGUUGGUUGCUGCGUUGCGUUACACCGCGUCAUGUGGGCAGGAUGGAUGUGAAAGAACGCAGGCCUUACUGCUCGCUGACCAAGAGCAGGAGAGAAAAAGAGCGCCGCUACACGGGCUCGUCCGGCGACAGUGAGGACUGCCGCGUGCCUACCCAGAAAUCCUACAGCUCUAGUGAGACCCUUAAGGCCUUCGAUCACGACUCCUCACGACUGCUGUACGGAGGACACGUCAAAGAGAUGGUCCACCGAGAGGCGGACGAAUACACCCGGCAAGGGCAGAACUUUAGCCUGAGGCAGCUGGGAAUAUGUGAACCAGCCUCUCGCCGAGGCCUGGCCUUCUGCGCCGAGAUGGGACUCCCCCACCGCGGCUACUCUGUUGGGGCAGGCUCAGAUGUGGACAAUGAGAACGAGAGGGUGAUGUCACCAGAGCGUGCCAUGCGCCUUUGGGGCAGGGGUGUGAAGUCCGGCCGCAACUCCUGCUUGUCCAGUCGUUCCAACUCGGCGCUGACCUUGACCGACACGGAGCAUGAGAACAAGUCAGACAGUGAGAAUGGUUCUCCCAUGCCAUCCUCUCUCUCCAGUCCAUCAGUCACUGAGCAUUCCCAUUCUCAACCACCCUCACCCAAUCUCCAUGACAACCAGAGUUCCCUCUUAAGUAAUGCCACCACGCAGGCGGCGCAGGACUCUGAUUCGGAAGAGGAGUACGUGGCCGCUCACUAUAGACCUGUUAUACAGCCUGGCCCCAGCCACAGCUGUAAUGAGCAACCGUCCAAUCACCACCAGCAGGGCCAUUCCACACUGCCACCGGUGCCGCCCCCGCACAAGCUGCAGCCAUCGGUGACGGCGCUGAACCACAACUCUCUGAGCAGCCGCAGGAACGUGAGCCCGGCCCCUCCGGCCGCCCUCCCCGCCGAACUGCAAACCACGCCCGAGUCGGUGCCGCUGCAGGACAGCUGGGUCCUGGGCAGCAAUGUGCCGCUGGAGAGUAGAAAAUUAGCAAAGCAAGCAGUUCUUGAAAACGGGCAUGACAACUUAAUAGAGAUGGAUGUGUUCCCUCCCGUGUGCCACGAGGGCGGCUAUGGGGACGGGCACUUUCUCUUUAAAACAGGCACCGGCACCACUCCUCUCUUCAGCACGGCCACACCAGGCUACACCAUGGCCACGGGGGCGGUAUACUCGCCCCCCACGCGGCCCCUGCCCCGCAACACGCUCUCCCGCAGCGCCUUCAAGUUCAAGAAAUCGUCCAAGUACUGCUCGUGGAGGUGCACGGCUCUCAGCGCCAUGGCUGUGUCCAUACUGCUCUCCAUACUGCUGUGUUACUGCAUCGCCAUGCAUCUCUUUGGAUUGAAUUGGCAGCUGCAAGAGACCGAGGGCUAUGCUUUUGAGAAUGGCCAGGUCAAAUCCGACGCCACAGCAUCCAACGCAGUCACUGCCCUGUCUACUGAGAACAGAGUUUACUUUCAGGAGAAUAACACCAUAGACACAGGUGAGGUGGAUGUGGGCCGUAGGGCUCUUCAAGAUGUGCCUCCAGGAACUUUCUGGCGCUCUCAGCUCUAUAUCGACCAGCCACAGUCCCUCAAAUUCAACAUCUCUGUCCAGAGAGGUGCCCUGGUGGGGGUCUAUGGCCGAAAAGGACUGCCUCCUACGCAUACUCAGUAUGACUUUGUGGAGUUGUUGGACGGCAGUCGUCUGAUAGCUAAAGAGAAGCGGGGACUGGUGGAGGUGGAGGGAGCAGCAAGGAAGGCUCGUUCGGUCAAUGUUCAUGAGGCAGAGUUUAUCCACUUCCUAGACUCCGGCACUUGGCACCUCGCCUUCUACAAUGACGGCAAGAACACCGAGCAGGUGUCCUACAAUACAAUCAUCAUAGAUACCCUCACGGAGUGUCCACACAAUUGCCAUGGCAACGGAGACUGUCGCUCGGGAACGUGCCAUUGUUUCCCAGGGUUCCUUGGGCCUGAUUGCUCACGAGCUUCCUGUCCAGUGUUGUGCAGUGGCAACGGCCAGUACUCUAGGGGGCGCUGUCUUUGUUACAGCGGCUGGAAGGGGACAGAAUGUGACGUUCCUAGCAACCAGUGCAUCGAUGUGCACUGCACGGGUCACGGAAUCUGCAUCAUGGGGACCUGCGCCUGCAAUACAGGCUAUAAAGGAGAUAACUGUGAAGAAGUGGACUGCCUGGACCCCACCUGCUCAUCUCACGGUGUGUGUAUUCACGGAGAGUGUCACUGCAAUCCAGGUUGGGGCGGCAACAAUUGCGAGAUCAUGAAGACUAUGUGCCCAGACCAGUGCUCAGGACACGGAACCUACCAGACAGAAAGCGGCACCUGCACCUGUGACGCCAACUGGACGGGGCCAGACUGCUCUAUUGAGGUGUGCGCAGUGGACUGUGGCUCUCACGGCAUGUGUAUAGGAGGAAGUUGUCGCUGUGAGGAAGGCUGGACGGGUUCUGUGUGCGAUCUUAAAGCGUGUCACUCGCGCUGCACUGAACACGGCACCUGCAAAGACGGCAAAUGUGAAUGUCACCAGGGCUGGACCGGAGAGCAUUGCACCGUCGCUCACCCAGAGACGUAUGUCCAAGGAGAGAGGAUAGGAUUUAAAGAGGGAUGCCCAGGUCUGUGCAACAGUAAUGGUCGCUGCACGCUGGACCAGAAUGGCUGGCAUUGUGUCUGCCAACCAGGCUGGAGAGGGGCCGGCUGUGACGUUGCCAUGGAGACGCUCUGCGCAGACGGCAAGGACAAUGAAGGAGAUGGUCUGGCGGACUGCAUGGAUCCUGACUGCUGCCUGCAGAGCUCAUGUCAAAGUCAACCCUUCUGCCGUGGCUCUCCUGAUCCCAUCGACAUUAUCAGCCAGAACCAACCAGUCAACCCACAGCAAGCAGCCCAGUCAUUCUAUCAGCGAAUCAGCUUCCUUAUCGGCCCAGAGAGCACGCACGUCAUUAACGGAGACAACCCCUUCAACCGGAGCCUGGUGUCCAUUAUCAGAGGGCAGGUGCUUACUGCAGAUGGUACACCCCUGAUAGGAGUCAACGUGUCCUUUAUGCACUACCCAGACCACGGGUACACCAUUACACGGCAGGAUGGCAUGUUUGACAUUCUGGCCAACGGUGGAGCAUCACUGACACUGAGCUUUGAGAGGGCUCCGUUUCUGACGCAAUUCCGCACGGAAUGGAUCCCAUGGAACGUCUUCUAUGUGAUGGACACUCUGGUAAUGAAGAAAGAGGAGAACGACAUUCCUAGCUGUGACCUAAGUGGCUUUAUAAGGCCCAGCCCCCUCAUAGUGGCCACGCCCCUCUCCACCUUCUUUAGAUCCUCGCCUGAGAACGGCCCCAUUAUUCCAGAGACUCAGGUUCUUCAGGAGGAGACCGCCAUUCCAGGGAGCGAUCUGAACCUGAUGUACCUAAGCUCGCGGGGUGCAGGCUACCGGCCGGUGCUGAAGGUCACCAUGACUCAAGCCACUAUCCCCUUUAACCUCAUGAAGGUGCACCUGAUGGUGGCCGUGGUGGGGCGCCUCUUCCAAAAGUGGUUCCCUGCGGAACCCAACCUGUCCUACACCUUCAUCUGGGAUAAAACAGACGCAUACAACCAAAAAGUCUACGGCCUGUCCGAAGCAGUGGUGUCUGUGGGAUUUGAGUACGAGUCUUGUUUGGAUCUGAUCCUGUGGGAGAAAAGAACAGCCAUUCUUCAGGGUUAUGAACUCGACGCCUCGAACAUGGGAGGAUGGACCCUGGACAAACACCACGUUUUGGACGUUCAAAACGGAAUCCUGUACAAAGGCAACGGUGAGAACGUCUUCAUCUCCCAGCAGCCCCCAGUGAUCAGCACCAUUAUGGGCAAUGGGCGCAGACGCAGUAUCUCCUGCCCCAGCUGUAAUGGUCAGGCCGACGGCAACAAGCUGCUGGCUCCUGUGGCUCUGGCAUGCGGGUCUGACGGCAGCAUUUUCGUUGGAGACUUCAACUACAUCAGACGCAUCUUUCCCUCAGGGAACGUUACAAGUGUCAUGGAGCUGAGAAAUAAAGAUUUCAGACAUAGCAACAAUCCUGCGCAUAGAUACUACCUAGCUACAGACCCGAUGACAGGUCAGCUGUACGUGUCGGACACCAACUCACGGCGGAUCUUCAAGCCUAAAGCCCUGACGGGAGCCAAAGAACUGUUGCAGAAUGUAGAGGUUGUGGCAGGGACCGGAGAGCAGUGUCUACCCUUCGAUGAAGCUAGAUGCGGUGAUGGCGGCAAGGCCACGGAGGCGCUUCUGCUGGGACCCAAAGGCAUUGCAGUGGACAAGAAUGGCUUCAUAUACUUUGUGGAUGGCACCAUGAUCCGCAAGGUGGACAGGAACGGUAUCAUCUCCACACUGCUGGGGUCUAAUGACCUCACAUCUGCUCGCCCUCUGACCUGUGAUACUAGCAUGCAUAUUGGACAGGUGCGUCUUGAGUGGCCUACAGAUCUUGCCAUCAACCCAAUGGAUAACUCCAUCUACGUGCUUGACAACAACGUGGUGCUACAGAUCACGGAGAACCGGCAGGUGCGCAUUGUGGCGGGGAGACCCAUGCACUGCCAGGUGCCCGGAAUCGAGUAUGCCAUGGGAAAGCGCGGCAUCCAGACCACUCUAGAAGGAGCUACUGCCAUUGCUCUCUCCUACAGCGGUGUUCUCUAUAUCGCCGAGACGGAUGAAAAGAAGAUCAACCGUAUCAGACAAGUUAUCACAGACGGUGAGAUUUCUCACCUGGCUGGAGCGCCCUCUGACUGCGAUUGCAAGAAUGACGCUAACUGUGACUGUUAUCAGACCGGCGACGGCUACGCCAAAGACGCACGGCUAAACGGGCCGUCCUCACUGGUAGUCUCUCCUGAAGGAACGCUCUACGUGGCUGACUUGGGAAACAGUCGAAUCCGUGCCAUACGUCGUAAUCGACCUCUGCAAGGCUCUUUGGGUCUUUAUGAGGUUGCGUCACCAGCCUCUCAAGAGCUCUACGUGUUUGACGCCAACGGGACGCAUCAGUAUACCAUGAGCCUUGUCACGGGUGAUUAUAAGUUUAACUUCAGCUACAGCAAUGAGGAUGAUGUCACAGCGGUAACAGACAGCAGUGGGAAUACUCUCAGAGUUCGCCGCGACCCCAACAGAAUGCCGGUUCGCAUUGUUGCCCCCGACAACCAAGUCAUCUGGCUAACAAUUGGCACGAAUGGAGGGCUCAAAUCUCUUACAGCACAGGGACAGGAGUUGGUCCUCUUUACUUACCAUGGUAAUAGCGGCCUGCUUGCCACCAAGAGCAUCCAGAUUGGCUGGACCACAUUUUAUGACUAUGACAGCGAAGGACGUCUAACCAACGUUACCUUCCCCACCGGGGUAAUCACCAGUCUGAUUGGAGAGAUGGACAGAGCCCUCACGGUGGACAUUGAGACCUCAGGAAGAGACGAUGAUGUCAGCAUCACCACCAACCUCUCCUCCAUCGACUCCUUUUACACACUGGUUCAAGAUCAGCUAAGAAACAGCUACCAGGUGGGCUAUGAUAACUCUAUGAGGGUAAUCUAUGCCAAUGGAAUGGACUCGCAUUUCCAAACGGAGCCUCAUAUACUUGCGGGAGCAUCCAACCCCACAGUGGCCAGACGAAACAUGACCCUGCCAGGGGAAAAUGGACAGAACUUGGUGGAGUGGCGCUUUAGAAAAGAACAGACCAGGGGGAAAGUCAUAGUGUUUGGCAGGAAACUAAGGGUCAAUGGUAGAAACCUGCUCUCUGUGGACUAUGACCGCACUCUGCGGACCGAGAAAGUAUACGACGACCAUCGAAAGUUCCUCCUGAAGAUCGAGUACGAUACCUCUGGUCAUCCUACUCUGUGGGUGCCCAGCAGUAAGCUGAUGUCUGUCAACCUCACUUACUCCAGCACUGGACAGGUCACAAGCAUCCAGAGAGGCCCCACAAUCGAGAGAGUUGAAUACGACAGCCAAGGACGAAUAGUGUCAAGAACCUUAGCUGAUGGCAAAACCUGGAGUUACACAUAUCUGGAUAAGUCCAUGGUGCUGCUUUUACACAGCCAGCGACAGUACAUCUUCGAUUACGAUCUCCAGGAUCGGCUCUCCGCCAUCACUAUGCCUAGCGUGGCCCGUCACACCAUGCAAACCAUCCGAUCCGUGGGAUACUAUCGCAACAUCUACAAUCCGCCUGAAAGUAAUGCAUCCGUUACAGUUGACUACAGUGAGGACGGCCAGCUCUUGAGAGUGGCACACCUGGGCACAGGUCGACGUGUCCUCUAUAAGUACCGCAGACAGAAUAAGCUAUCGGAGAUCUUGUACGACAGCACACGGGUGAGCUUCACGUAUGACGAAACCGCAGGUGUGCUGAAGACUGUCAACUUGCAGAGUGAGAGUUUCAUUUGUUCUAUCAGAUACCGUCAGAUAGGCCCACUUGUGGACCGUCAGAUAUUUCGCUUUAGCGAGGACGGCAUGGUCAACGCCCGCUUUGACUACACCUACGACAACAGUUUUAGAGUGACCAGCAUGCAGGGAGUCAUCAACGAAACUCCACUUCCUAUUGAUCUUUAUCAGUUUGACGAUAUUUCUGGCAAGGUAGAGCAGUUCGGCAAAUUCGGCGUAAUCUACUACGACAUUAACCAGAUCAUCUCCACUGCUGUCAUGACCUACACGAAGCACUUCGAUGUCCACGGCCGCAUUAAGGAGAUCCAGUACGAGAUCUUUCGCUCACUCAUGUAUUGGAUCACAAUCCAGUAUGACAACAUGGGUCGCGUGACCAAACGGGAAAUAAAGAUAGGGCCUUUCGCCAACACCACCAAAUAUGGCUACGAGUAUGACGUCGAUGGUCAGCUCCAGACUGUCUACCUAAAUGAAAAAAUGAUGUGGCGGUACAACUACGACUUAAACGGAAACCUGCACUUGCUCAAUCCUGGCAACAGUGCUCGACUCACCCCACUACGCUAUGACUUACGGGACCGCAUUACACGACUGGGCGAUGUGCAGUACCGGAUGGACGAAGAUGGAUUCUUGCGCCAAAGGGGUGCAGAAAUCUUUGAGUACAACUCCAAGGGCCUCCUAGUCCGGGUUCACAGCAAAGCCAGUGGCUGGACCAUCCAGUAUCGUUACGAUGGGUUGGGAAGACGCUUGGCCUCUCGCAACAGUCUCGGCCAGCACCUGCAGUUCUUCUACGCUGAGCUCAACUACCCUACACGCAUCACCCACGUAUACAAUCAUUCCAGCUCUGAGAUCACCUCGCUUUACUAUGAUCUCCAAGGACAUCUGUUUGCUAUGGAGAUCAGCAGUGGUGAGGAGUUUUACAUAGCUUGUGACAACACUGGAACGCCGCUCGCAGUCUUCAGCAGCAACGGGCUUCUCCUCAAGCAGGUUCAGUACACUGCUUAUGGAGAGAUCUACUUUGACUCGAAUCCUGACUUUCAGUUGGUUAUUGGAUUCCAUGGUGGCUUAUAUGACCCUUUAACAAGACUACUGCAUUUUGGAGAGCGUGACUAUGAUAUUCAAGCUGGCCGUUGGACCACUCCAGAUAUUAGCACCUGGACCAGAGUUGGCAAGGAUCCAGCACCCUUCAACUUGUAUAUGUUCCGCAAUAAUAAUCCCAUCAGCAAGGUGCAUGAGGUUAAGGAGUAUGUUACAGAUGUCAACAUCUGGCUUGUGACAUUCGGCUUCCAUCUACACAAUGUAAUCCCAGGAUUUCCCAUCCCUAAAUUUGACCUCACCCAACCUUCAUUGGAAAUGAGGAAGAGUCAGCUGUGGGAUGACCUACCGUCCAUCUCGGGGGUCCAGCAGGAGGUUAUGCGGCAGGCCAAGGCCUUCCUAUCCUUUGAGAGGAUGCCCGAGAUCCAGUUCAGCCGUCGACGUUCCAGUCGGGAAAAACCGUGGUUGUGGUUUGCCACAGUAAAGUCGCUCAUCGGCAAGGGUGUCAUGCUUGCCAUUACCAGUAAGGGUCAGGUGGCCACCAAUGCACUGAACAUCGCCAAUGAGGACUGCAUUAAAGUGGCCACUGUCCUCAACAAUGCCUUCUACCUGGAAGAUCUGCACUUCACCGUGGAAAGUCGUGACACACACUACUUCAUAAAGACGAGCCUGCCUGAGAGUGACCUGGGCGCGCUGCGACUCACCAGUGGCCGCAAGAGCUUAGAGAACGGGGUCAAUGUGACGGUGUCACAAUCCACCACCGUGGUCAAUGGGCGCACUCGACGUUUCGCAGACGUCGAGUUGCAGUACGGCGCGUUGGCUCUGCACGUCCGCUACGGCAUGACGCUGGAUGAGGAAAAGGCCCGUAUUUUAGAACAGGCCCGCCAGAGGGCACUGUCGAGCGCCUGGGCGCGUGAGCAGCAGCGUGUACGCGAUGGGGAGGAAGGUGUGCGUCUUUGGACAGAGGGCGAGAAGAGGCAGUUGCUUAGCUCUGGAAAGGUGAUGGGUUAUGACGGCUACUAUGUAUUAUCAGUGGAGCAGUAUCCAGAACUGGCCGACAGUGCCAACAAUAUUCAGUUUUUAAGGCAAAGCGAGAUUGGAAAGAGGUAACAGUGUGCAGAGCACAGAUUGCCUAACAGACUACUGCCCCCUCUCUGAGCUCCUCUCCCGCUUGUACAAACUACUGGACUUCCCAAAGUCCAGAGAUCGAAGGGAAGGGGUUUAGGCUAGAGAAGGAGUUGUGCCUAAGUGCCACACACGCAUCAGUUAUACAGAACAACCUGAGGCACUUCCUCCCAUAGAUCAAACCACACACCCAUCCAACACGUUCGACCCCACACUAUUAAAUCGAAUGCAUUAAAGACUCCAAGAGAGCAACUCAAGAAAUAACUCAUGAUUUAUUUUAUCUUUUUUUGCCUUUUAUAUGAAAACCUUAAAGGUCAUCCGUCACCUUGAACCUUGCUCAAUGCUUAAAUGGACGAAAAAGACAAAUGUGUUUACAUGUGGAAACCACUGCACCCGGAUGAACUAAAAUAAUGCCUGUUUUGUGAGGCAGUAACUGUGUUUCAGUGCUCUCGGGCGUACUCACGAAAGCAUUCUUGCUCUCAAAUGAAGUGUUUUUGUCAACUAGUAAGGACUGAGGUUUCAGACGGUGAGCUAGUUGAUGGUUUCUCUCCUGCUUAAGGGACGCAGUUCUGGUUUAUAUAAUCAAUUCUGAGUGUACAAUCUCAUUCCUGAACCAACUCAUGUGGUUAAUUGAGCGGAAACUGACAGAACAAAAUAUAUAAAUAUACGGUAUAUAUAUCUCAUAACUGACCGGUCUUUUGACAAGAGAUGUUAGAAUAUCUUUAUGGAUUUUUUUAAGUACGAAAAAAUUCCAUUUAUCCGUACAACAACAAUAGUCGCAGAGAAAGUAAUUUAUGUACAGUGUUUAUACAUAAAAAAUAAAAUCUUACAAAUAUGGAGACUUUUUCGUCUUGUCAUGCAUUACUGUUUAUAUUCAUGAAUUUUAUGAAUUUUAUCUUAUUACAAUUUGUGGUAAUGCUAAUUGAAAUAAAAUCAGCUGUACUGUGUCAUUAAAUCUUCAACAUUGUUUUUCUUCUCCAUCCUCUAAAAAGCGAUUGUUGCCAUUUUUUCCUAUUUCUCUCUUUUCUCAGCUUGUCAAAGUACAUGUUCAGUGAUUUACGGCUGUACUGCUGUCCGUUUGAAGUUUUUCAGUGUUGAGCUUAGUAAUCACUAAACUCAUUUACUAAAAACCAAGAAAUCAAAACUAUUUUUUUGUUGUUGUUGUCUUUGAAUGAGUUUCAAUCUUUAGCCUCAAUUUAUAGCCAGAGAUACAAGUUUGUCAAAAAAAAGUUUCCGCUCUUUUAAAUGAGAUGAUCAUGUUUUAGAUGAAGGACAUAUCAGACUAGUAUUAAUGUUGUUUCCAUUAGUAGUGCCGGAAAAACAAACUCCCAAGGAGAUGUCUACCGUAGUGUAUAUCCCUGCAUUUUAACAUGACUACAAAUUCACACUUGGCAGGAAGAUGUGCUCAAACUCCCUUAAAUAAAAGGGGUCAUUAGACAGAGCAGUGAAAGCAGUGCGUUGUUCUAGUAGGGAUCCAUGUUGCCCAAUGAUCAUGUCAUGAUGCCAGAAAUAAAAGCAUUUUGCAUUAGGCCAAAGGUGUAAAGUUGAAGCGGUUGAUGCAAUGCAUGACAAAUUCUAAAUAUGAAUCGAAUGCUUAACGUAUACAUUCAGUUUACCCUCAGUGUAGAGAAAACAAGUCUACAAAGGGUAAAAAGAAGAAUUCUCGGAAUUCCCUUAUGAUCCAAAUGGGGGAGAUUGCUUUAGAGUUUUUAUGCUUUGAAAUUUUGAAAAACAAAUGUAUUCAUCUGAGAGCACCACAAACAUUAAAGUGAUCAGACGUUAACCCAAAAGGAAAAAUUGUGAUUUCUAUGCCUAAAUGGACUGCCUCCUUCAGAUACUGUUUUUGUAAAGGCUUUUUAAAGAUUGUAUAAAAUAAAAUGUUCGGACUAAUGAAUGAGAAAAUAUUGUUUCCAUUUUAGUUUGUUGUUUUUCCUAUGACACGUUUUUUAAUCAAUCAUGUAAUAGUACGGUGGAGCCUAUUUUUCUAUUUGUGUGUAUAGAGAACUGAAGCGAAUGUUUCUGAAGGGAAUGUUUCUGAACUGUGGGCCUGUGAGGUUUUGCCAGAACUCUCUGUGGAUAUUAUUGGUAUUACUGACUGAUUCGGGAGAGUCUAGACUCACCGUUAGGAUGAAUAUUUUCCUCAGACAGAAUUAUUCUUUGCUAGAUGAAGGUGAGCACUUAAUUCGGAAUACUAGUAAUAAACUAGAACCACUGCAAUAUUAUCAAAAAGGUGUUUGCCCUAAAAGGUCUACAUAGAUUCUACCAGUAGCUCUGCGAUACAGUUGUUUUGUGUUCUGUUAGUUGGAGUAUAGAGUGCCCUCGCUACUCAGGAGCCUUCAGUACUUCAAUCAGUUUACAUCGAAACAAAUUCUAACUAGUUGUAAAUUCUGACAUUAUUUGUCGGUAAUGUCAGUUUUCACUAUUUUGUUUCAUUCAACGUAUUCUUACUAAAACCCAUAACUCGCUUAACAAAAGCCAGUUACGUGACUGCAGUGUCAGAGCAACAGUGAUGAUAUAGUAAAUGUGAUAGGAAUGAGAACAUUAUAUGUUUGCCAUUGAUUGCAUGAUACAGUGUUAAGGCCGUGAAUCAAAGAAAGGUCAUCACGUUUGUUUUUCUCACAGCAUAUUAGUGCCAAUUUGUACGUGGUCUCUUUUGGUAUUUCUUUGCACUAAGAUGUAUAUGUUGAAGAUGAUGCCUAUACAUUAUACAAGAUUGCAGUCGUCACGUCUCUAGUCUGAUUUUAUGGAGAUUGUAAAAACUGGUUACUUUUCCUCAAUGAAAGGAAGGAUACCUGUACAGAAAUCAUAAGUAUUUAAGUUAAUACAUUGUCUUUACACGGUCACUUAACAGUAACUUUGUCUCAUUUCAUGAGAUAUGGGAUCUGGAUAAGUUCUAACAUGUGUGCAUCGUUGGACUAAAUUUGAUUGAGUAUUCAAAAUGCUGUGUGAUUAGUUUUGUUGCUAAAGCGACAAGUCAACUGUUUUUGUUUUCUUUUUUCCUCCAUUGUUUAUGAACAGCCUUUACAGUUUAUGUAUUUUGUAUUAUCAACAUUUUACAUGUUCCAAAUACUACAAACUAAAGUAAUUAACCUGUAAAUUCAAUCACGUAUCUUGCAGUUGCUCGUUUGUAAUGAGGAUUUAGAGGGUGUUGUAUUACUGAUGUUUUUUGUUUUUGGUUCUCUUUUCGCUUUUGUAUUGUUUUAUAGCCAUGCCGCAUCUCAAAAAAGGCUCAUGAUUUCCAUUUGAUAGACACGUCUGUUUAGAGUGCAAUUAAAGUGCAAUUUUGAUGUAAUCUGAAGUAGGUCACUGCUGGAUUCAUUACCUUUUAUCUUCAACAUGUUUAAUGCUACACAGAGAUCAAUCAUAAAAAUAA